AUGAAACACUUAUUUUGGAACUGUCGCGGUAUGGGUAACCCCCGAACAGUCAGUUACUUGCGCAGAAUGCAUUUGUGCUAUUCCCUUGACCUAGUCUUUCUAUCUGAGACUAAGUUGGACAAGACAAGGAUAGAUAAUAUGUUCAGAAGUGUGGGUUUUGAAAACUCUAUUAUAGUGAAUAGUAGAGGCAGAAGUGGUGGAGUUGCAUUAGGGUGGUCGGAUUCCAUUAAGAUGGAGUUGAGGUCCUGCUCUGACAAUUACAUUGAUGUGAAUGUGAGAUGGUUUACUGGGGACAAAACUUGGCGAGUGACGGGUUUCUAUGGCUUCCCCAAAGAUUGUGAGAAAGUUAAAUCUUGGGAGCUGUUAAAUUGCUUAUUUCACGAGCAACAUGAUGCGUGGAUUAUAGGUGGCGAUUUUAAUGAGAUUCUUUGGCAAAAGGACUGCAACAUAAAAGAUUUGGGAUCAAAAGGCAGUAAGUUCACGUGGAUUAGAGGUAAUGGGGACAGAGAUCCGAUUCUAGAGAGACUUGAUCGAGUUAUUGCCAAUGAUAGCUGGAGCAUGAUGUUUGUGAAUACUACUAUCUAUACUUUGUUGCGAGAAUGCUCGGACCACGCUCCAAUUUUAUUAGACACCGAUGCGGUCCCUAACAUCCAGAAAAGGAGGAAUCUUAGAGUGAAAAGGUUUGAGGCGAUGUGGGUUCGUAGAGAUGAUUGUGAGGAGAUUGUGAGGUCUGCUUGGUCUCAAAACAACGAUAGUGAAGGUAUGGAUGCUUGGGAUAAGAUUGGCUUAUGCCUCAAUAACCUGUCCGACUGGAAUAAGAAUAUGGUGGGAAAUCUGGAUGGAAGAAUCAGAGGAACGCAUGAAAAGUUAUUUAAGCUCCAACAGAAUGCUUUAAACUUUACCGAGUUUGAAAAACUUCGAAAAGUGGAAGCAGAGCCUGAUGAGCUUCUGCGGUGUGAGGAGGUGUUGUGGAGACAGCGAUCUAGAAACAUUUGGUUAAAAGAGGGGGAUCGAAACACCUCGUUUUUCUAUCAAAAAGCCUCUCAUCGUCGGAAAAGAAAUAAUAUACCGGGGCUGUUUGACGCAAAUGAUCCGGAGGAUAUUGAUAUUGCCUUGACAGGAAUUUCAAAUGUUCUUCAACCCGAAAUGAUUCACAAACUUCAGCAGCCUUACAACAGAGAAGAGAUCAGGAGAGCGUUAUUUUAA